AUGGUCUCUCUUAAAUUACAAAAGAGAUUAGCUGCCUCUAUUCUCAAAUGCGGCAAAGGUAGAGUUUGGAUCGAUCCAAAUGAAAUUGCUGAUGUUGCCAUGGCCAACUCAAGAGAUAACGUCCGUAGACUCAUCGCUACCGGUUUCAUCAUGCGUAAACCAGUUGUUGUCCACUCUCGUUCACGUGCUAGAGAACACAACGCUGCCAAACGUUUAGGUCGUCACAGAGGUGCUGGUAACAGAUUAGGUACCCGUGAAGCUCGUCUCCCAUCCAAGAUUCUUUGGAUCCGUAGAAUCAGAGUUUUAAGAAGACUCUUAAAGAAAUACCGUGAAGCCAAGAAAAUCGAUAAACACUCUUACAGAGAGUUAUACCUCAAAGCCAAAGGUAAUGUCUUCAAGAACAAACGUACCUUAAUUGAAUACAUCGUCAAAUCUAAGACUGAAAAAUUAAGAGAAAAACUCAUCCAAGAUCAAGCUCAAGCCCGUAGAAACAAGAACAAAUCAAUCAAAGACAGACGUGCUGCUAAAUCUGCCGCCAAAGAAAUUGUUUCAUCAAACUAA